AUGCCUGGCUUACUCUCCACCACGACGAGGGCCAUCACGGCCCUGUUAGCGUUCAGCUCAUCCGUAAUCGCCAUUCUUGUUCCCCAUCAUGCUACGCUUGCCUCUCGAGAGGCAGUUGCAGAGACUGAGUACGACUUCGUCAUCGCCGGUGGUGGUGUAUCUGGCCUGACAGUGGCGGAUCGGCUCACGGAGGACCCGAGCAUCAAUGUUCUUGUUAUUGAGACUGGGCCCUUUGACAAGGACGAGGAUACUGUCCUCGUACCAGGAGCCUUCCUUCCAGUCCCCUACCUGUGGCUCGGUUUGACGAGCGCGCCGCAGCCCGCGCUAAACAACCGCGAGUUUUCUGUCCCAGCCGGACGUGUCGUUGGCGGUGGCUCCGUUGUGAAUGGUAUGGUCUUUGUCCGCGGUGGAAAGUCAGAGUAUGCUGCCUGGGAAAAACUCGGUGCCAAGGGCUGGGGAUGGGAUGAUCUGUUGCCCUACUUCAGGAAGAGUGAAAACCUCACCACUCCGCCAAAAGACUUUGCGGAAGCUGCCAACAUCUCCUGGGUCGAAUCGGCCCACGGCCACGAUGGUCCUGUUCGCGCGUCUUAUCCUAACUACUUCUUUCCCGGAGCCAAGAACUUCUGGCAAGCUGCAUUGGAAAGCGGACUGACCCCAUCUCCGGACCCGAACGGCGGCGAUAGAGCUGUGGGUCUUUUCAACUUCCCAACACUUGCCGACGCCACGACCCGGACCCGUAGCCACGCCCGGAUCAACCACUACCGGCGCGUCAAGGAGUCGCGGAAUAACUACCAUAUCCUCGCCGAGCACACUGUCUCCAAAAUUCUGUUCAAGGACAAGCAGGCGGUCGGUCUUGAAUAUCUGCCUACAGCAGGUGGUGACAAAACCGAGGUCUUUGCAAAGAAGGAGGUUUUUCUGGCAGCAGGGGCACUUCACACGCCGCAGUUGCUGCAGCUUUCAGGCAUUGGGUCGAAGAAGUUCUUACAGAGCUUUGGGAUUGAUGUCGUUGCCGACUUGCCCGGCGUGGGCGAAAACUUUAUGGAUCAGGGUGAGCUGAAGGUGCCCUACACUUUCGAGAACAACAUCUUCCCCAACAGCGGCGCUCUGGAUAACAAUGCAACCUACAACGCCGAGCAGCGAGCUCUUUACGAUGCCAAGAGAGAAGGCGCUUACACAAUUGUCCGAACACUCAGCACCAACCUCGCUGUCCCUCCCCUCGCCAACACGACCUCCGACUGGAGAGACAUCCUCGCCGCCGCAAAGCGUAAUAAAUUCACUGCAUACCUCGCCCCAGGUACCCCGUCCUCCGUCCAGGAAGGCUACAAGAAGCAGCGCGAGAUUGUCCUGGACCAACUUGCUGGCCAGGACGUUCCACUUGGCAUGGUACACUGGGGCACAGGCAACAGCGUGACGCUGUACUUUUUGCGGGCGCUGAGCCGCGGAUUCGUGAGGAUCAACUCUACUGACCCGCUGCAGCAGCCCGUCAUUGACUUCCGCACGUGUUCGGACCCGAUCGACUUCGAUCUGGCGGUGGCGCUGUUUGAGAAGGGCAAAGAGAUCAUGGCUGCGCCGGCGAUGAAGGUUCUUGGACCCAGAAUGUCUGCGCCGUAUGAAAAGGCUACAAAGGAGGAGCUGAAGAGGCUGCUGGCGGAGAAUAUGACGCCUUCGAAUGCACAUUCCUGCUGUACUGCGGCCAUGGUGCCGAAGGAGAAGGGCGGAGUGGUGGAUACGGAGAUGCAGGUGUAUGGGACCAAGGGCUUGAGGGUUAUUGACGUGAGCUAUUGGCCCAUGGUUCUGACUGCUGCACCUACGGCGACGACAUAUGCUUCUGGUGAGAAGAUUGCCGACAUCAUCAAGAAGAAGUACUUCCUAAAGUCACUUUGA